AAGGCGGUGCUGCACAGCGCUCUCCGAUUAACGACGAGGGACCGGCAUCAAGCAACCAUCCUCGCAAAGCAGGUCGCCGAGACACGAUGAGCACGAAUCCGUUUGCGGCCGCCGUGAGUGGGUCUGAGCCGACGAGGGAAGAGGCCGAGACCAAUCCCUUCAAAAGCCAUUCGAGAACGACUUCGGACGCUGUCGGCGUCCAGUCGACACCUUCCAACCCUUUCCAUCCCAUGGCAACGUUCGGUAACCACCACCAACCAACCCAGCAACAGCAACAGCAACAACAACAGCAACAACCGCAAGAGCUUGCCUCUGCGGAUCUGAUGUCUGGCCAAGCUCAGCAGCAGCAGCAGAGCACCACGAGCAACGACAUCUCUUCCCAAUUGGCAGGUCUCGACUUUGGCAGUGGCGCCACCUCGUCUCCUGCUCCGCCUCAGCUGGAACAAUCUCACUUUACACAAGAGUCGCAACGACAGGGACCCGUCGCGGCCGAGUCCUGGGCUUCUCAGCCUGAUCACACGGCUGCAGCGGCAGGAACGUCGGAUAAGCAAGGAGAUCUGUUGGAUGCCACUUCUGCAGGAACAGUAGACGAGCAGGUGCGCAUGCCGCAAGCUCAGACGGCCACGACGGACCCAUUCGCAUCCGAGAUGACCUUUUCACCGGCUGCACCGGCUAGCAACACCGAAGUGCAGCAGCCAACCGCGAACCAGUACCGACAAACGUCGGGCGGUAGCCAGGAGGCUGCCCAGGGCACCUUUGCGCCCCCGCCCGGCCCACCUCCAGGGCAUGAGGCGGGAAGCACAGCGCCAAGUGAUCAAAUCGUAGCCGACGAAGCGUACGCCCGCCAGCUCUUGGCUUCUGAGCAGAAGCGCGCACAGCGCCAUCGAAACCCUGAAGAUCAACGUCAUGGAAGCAGUGGCCAGUAUGCCCUUGCUGCCUCCAGCAGCGAUGCACCUCGCUCUUCCUACCGGCGACAAGAGCAGCCGCUCAACGGGACCUAUGCCACGCAGCCCGCGGCUCGGGAUGCCAAUGAAGAGAAGCAGUGGAAUACAAAGGAGAUCUACUGGCGAGGCCGUUCGCAGCGCAUCGUCCUGCAGAAUGAAAACGGACCAUGCUCGCUCAUUGCCCUUUGCAACGUCCUCUUUCUCCGUGGCACCUUGACAAUCACGCCAGAGGAUAGGCCCGCCGUCAGCUACUCGUACCUCUCGUCACUCCUCGCCGAGCAUCUCCUUGACGUCAUCAGAGACGACAGUGCACUGGAUCUCGAGGCAGCGCUGAGCAUCCUGCCGCAGACGCAGACGGGCCUUGACGUCAAUGUUCGCUUCGAUGCCAUUGAUGGCUUCGCCGUCGAAGAGAAGACUCAGCCAAGCUCCGAGCCGUCUGGAUCUUCUUCGUCCGCCGCUGCGGCCCUCCCAGCCAAGACCGACGCGGACAAGCAGCGCGGCGAGCUGGCCCUGUUCAAGCUCUGCAAUGUGCCACUCGUCCACGGCUGGCUCGCCGACAAGGACGACAAGGAGACGUAUGCGGCUGUGGUCGAGCGAGCCGGCGACUAUGACCGAGCACUGGACCGCGUCGUGGCUGGCGACGAGCUCGCAAAGGGCACCAUUGUCGGCGGAAGUGCCUCUGGCUUUGGCGCCGAAAACUUGAGUGCUGAGCAGGGCGUGGUGGUCAAUGACGCGGUCUUGAUUCGCAACUUCCUCGAGUCGACGGCCACACAGCUGACCUAUCCGGGUCUGUAUGCGCUCAGCACGACGCUGGAGCGUGGUGUGCCCUACGCCCUGUUCCGCAACUCGCAUCUCUCCGUCAUCUACCGGCCAUUGGAUCAGGAGGUGGCAGCAACCAGCGGCGAUGCCAUCGAGCCCGGCUCGGCACCCCCAGCGCUGUACCAGCUCGUGACGGACGCGACGCUCGAGACAGAGGACAACGUCGUGUGGGAGUCGCUCGAGGACAUUGACGGAUCAGCAUCACGCUUCUUUGACGCCAAGUUCCGGCCAGCCAAGGUGACGCAGGACUUUGUAGGACGGCGAAACCAGCAGCAGCAGCAGGAGUUUGGCCAGGGCUACACCGAGGACGGAGACAUGGCUUUGGCACAGCAGCUUCAGGAAGAGGAGCGCGAUCGAGUGCGCAGGCACCAGGCCGCUCGAGCUUCAAGGCGGCAGCAACAGCAGCAGCAGACGAAUUUCACAUCCUCAUCUGGCGGCCAGGGAGGAGGCAAUGUCAUCUCGAGGAUGCUGGCAGCCCGCAAAUCGAACAAGCGCGCACCCAGUUCCCAGGUUCAUCUGCGCAACGAGGUGGCAGAUGGCAUGGGUGGACGACCAGUCGAUGCUUCGUCGGCGCGGCAGCAGCAGCAGCAGCAAACACAGCAGCUCACGCCCGCUCAGACAGAAGCCCAGGCCGCACAGGCGCAGAUGCGGGCCGAUUUGGGCGAGGGUUCUGGCGAGCCAAAGAAGACAAAGUGGUGGAAGAAGUUCUAGUCAUAGCACGUAGAUACCAGCCUGCCGGGAAUAAUAGAUGGAAUUUUUUCUCCUUU